AUGAGUUUAAAUAUCCCUGUUGAUUGUCCUAACAUUGUGGAUAUUAUCAUUUCAGUCGAUUUCCAACGGCGGAAUUACACUCUAGAAGAUCUUACUAUCUCGCAUCCUGCUUUUGUUAAUCCGAACGCUUUCAUGAAUCAACCGAAUGAGUCUUCACACAUCACUAGAAAUCCUGUCCUGAAAGAUCUUCGACCAUCUGGAACUGACACUGAAGUGAUGCAGGGCACCAUCUCGGAGACAGUUUGUGAUAGUUCACCCCUUACCGAAGCCGUAAACGUCAACGAGGAUGAGAAUGGUGACGAGAAUGCAAUAGCCACAUCAACCGACAGGCGUCAGGCAUCGCCAUCUUUGCCAUCUACAUUACCACUGGUACAGGCCCAAUCGAUUCCUCUCUCUCUCGAACCCCCGGAAUGGGCGUCCGACACCAGCUCAACGGUCUGCGUGGCUUGUAAUUCGCGUUUCACUAUGAUACGACGUCGUCAUCAUUGUCGAACUUGUGGCCGCCUGCUCUGUGCCACAUGCACGCCUCACCGAGUUCCUCUUCCUCCCUCCUUUUCACCCUCCUCCGCCUACUCCUCCCCAGAAGGCAGCCUUCUUCGACUUGUCUCCGGUUCGAAUGUCACCACUGCUGGUAGCAACGAAACUCGCCUUCAUCGAGUGUGUGUUCAGUGCUUCCGCCAAAUGUUCAGAGGUUCCCCUGUUCAAGCUUAUCCAUCUCCUACCAUCACUGUGGCGUCGUCCUCCUCCACAAUGCCUGCGUCCCGAAUCCAAGCUCCAUCCUCGCAAACACUUGAAGGCGCGGAGUCCAUCGCACCCCAAGCCAUUCUCCAAAGGCGCCCCUUGUCCCCUUCACUUGUUUCUAGCAUGCUGAAGGAUGAUUGUCUCAUUCCACCAGCAGCAUCCCAGUCUUCUUGGCCUCCUUUGGUUAUUGCAACAACUCCCGAGCUAGUUCUCGAGUCUCAGCCCUCGAAUGAUCGUGUGCGAGAUCUCAUGGCCUCCGACGGUGGAACAGUCACCUUUGCUGUGACUCGGAAUCUCCACGUUCUCGUCAGUAUUGUUGGUGUGAACGUCUGGAGUUUCCUUUCCCAUGGUCUCUACACUGUUGGACAAGAGGAGGUCUGUCUCCUACUUCGUCGACGAGAGGGUGAAACAACUCCACCAAUUGAUGCACUGGUGCAGUACUUCCUCCUCUACGAUCUUGCGUUUUUCCCCUGUUGCUCGUAUUUCCAAACUCGCACGAAACCUACUUCUACUAACAGCAUUACUUCUGCAUCUUUCCUCGAUGAGGGCUCCUGUCUCCUCCUCCCAAAUCCAUUUGCUGACCAACAGCAUCAACAAUCUUCAUCUUCGACCUGGUUUGACGGCACAUGCUGUGGCUUCCUCUACGUUCGUGCCUGUUCACGAUAUGCUGAGGCUCUCACAGAUCUCCUUUGCCUUUUCCCAACUCCUCCUUUUCUCAUUUCUCUCGUCCUUCGCCAUCCCAGCGAAGUUACAUGGGCUACUCGGCAUCCACUGCGACUCCUCCUUACCUUGAGUCAGAGCUCCAACUGCGCCUUUCCCCUCAUUUCUGACCGCGAUCGGUUGCCAGUUUUUUCCGCCGACGGCGCUACUGCCAGUAGUGUACUCUCCCUAUGUAGUGCAAGCAGAGGCAAAGGUGCUGUGUUGUGUGUGUAUGUGCCUGAAUUGAACAUCCUCGUUUCGGGUCUGGGUGGGAGGGGAGAACUGCGUCUACAAUUACUGUUCCGCCGUUCUGCACAUGAACAUGUUAGGCGAGCUCUACAGUCUGUUGGACAUGGAGAGAGUCUACUCUUUGGUCUUACAGGCAAUUUCUGCCCAUCUGCUGAUUGCCACCUCUAUGUCAGUGACUCUGCUACUGGUCUAACCACUGGGCUCACUCCUCAUGACUCUAUGGAUCCUAGCAAAAUGGUGGUGGGGGCAUCCUUCGUCCUAAUUGAAGGUGUCGAAGGCUGUAAUUCAAGUCUCACCGUGGUGGAAGACGGGUGUGUCGCGCGACUCACCACUGAACAAUUUAAAGCCCUCCUCACCCAUAUGCGCAGCGCCUCUCCUCUCCAACUUCGCAUCGAAACGGCUCCGGGUCUUUCAACAACACCACCACCCCUUAGCGGAGGACUCAUCACAGUGAAUUGGGUUGAUGAGGCUGCCCCAAUUCAUUUUACAUCUCUUCAUUGUUCCUUGAUUGACGGUCGUUUGGUGGAGCCACGGUGCACCUUUGUCAUACCACGAGAACAGCAAUUACGACAUUGGUUGGUACGUCGCAGGUUGUGUGAUGAUGGGAACGAAGGUAUGUUUGCUAAUGUGCAACCUCGUAUAUCCUGGACACGACUCCACAGUUUGGCUUCUCGUCCUGUCUACGUGGUGGACAAUAGAUCAGGCGAAGUGUUGGACCUUUUUGCAGUCUUCAAUGCGGUCGCUGCUACGUUCAUAAAUAGGGUUUUCAACAAGCGUUCCUCUUUGCCUGUACCCAAGUUGAAGGCGAAAUGGUUAGCAGAGACCUGCGGAUCUGAUGCUGUUGAUGUGAAAUUGGAUGGUUUAGUACGGUCUCAUGUGUUUGCAGUCGACGCAGAACUUGUCCCUCUCAAAUGA